AUGCGACCAUCCAGUACACCAUCCAGUACACCAAACCAAAGCGAAGUGUACAGUUGUGUUGCUUGUCAAAGACCGAACUCAGCCGAUAAUAUCGUAGCCUGUGACAAGUGCGACCAGUGGUGGCACUAUUCGUGCGCCGGGGUCACUGACUCUAUCAAGGAUCGACCUUGGACUUGUCCCAAGUGUUUGCCAACACCCGCUACAUCAACGACAACAACUUCUUCAAGCCGCCGCACCAGAUUAGAGCUCAGUCUCAAGCAUUUGGAAGAGCAAAAGGAAAUAGCGGAAAAAAGAAUAAAUUUGGAAGAUAAAUUUCUGGAAGAACGCUUCCGGAUUAUAGUAGAAUCUCUGAGUGAAGACGGAAACCGUAGUGCUCGCAGUAGAGUCAAUACCACAGAAAUACGUGAACGUAAUUCAGAUAUUACGAACUGGGUACAGAGCCAAUCCAAACGUACGGUGAUCGAACCUCAGCCGCCUACGGAUCCAGCUUUUCCCUCCGUCUCAAUUCAACCGCUCGAGCUCGAAACAGCUGUUGGGAGUCGAAUACAGUCCAGUGAAUCAACCAUCAACAAGCCAGAAGAAGUACGUACACAAACAUUUCAAUCCUUAGAGCAACUAUUGCAGAAAUGUCGGUUAAGCUCCCAGCCCAAUAUAGAAGAUAUUCGAGAGCUCCAAGCUCAACUGGCGAAAUGUCAAAUUCAACUUGACAAGCACAGCAGUACAUUCCCCAAAUCUCAGUUAGCGGUUGAUCCGCCUGUGCCUCCAGGAACCUCUAAAGGUGCUGUCCCAAAAAGGGACAAUCGGCCAGAAAAUCGCCCUUCGGAUAAUUUGAUCUUGAAUGACAUAAGGACGCAAGAAAGAACAGUGAUCGAACAGUCAAUCCCGGAAUAUUCAGUGCAACGAACCGGCUUUGCCAGAAAUUUACCAUUGGUAGGCAAAAGUGCUUUUCCUGUUGGCCAAAACGGAAACCAACCAUACCAGUUACACUCCAGGCAACCCGAACCAUUUGCUCUUGCAGACCAAGUCUCUCCUCCACAAGGUGGCGAUUCCAAUCUGCUGGCAAACCAACACACUCGGCAUUAUCAAGGACAUCCGGCUGAUAACAUACUACCUUACCGGCCAAACCAAAACUUGGAAACAGAAAACUCGCAGCUAAAUAAAUACCAAAUAAAUCCCGUACCUCUCCAUUCCGUGACCGAGCCGACGUGUAUAUCUCGACCUACGGCAGCCCAACUAGCAGCGAGGCAGUCGGGGAUACGAGACCUGCCGGAAUUUUCAGGCAACCCUGUGGAUUGGCCCAUUUUUAUUAGUUGUUACAACAAUUCUACCUCAAUGUGUGGAUACAACAAUUCCGAAAACCUGUUGCGCUUGCAGCGUUCACUGAAAGGGCACGCCCUCAACGCUGUUCGCUACUAUAUGCUCUCACCAGACACCGUAGCCGAAGUUAUUAACACUCUCCAAACACUCUAUGGUCGACCGGAAACGAUAAUUAACCGAUUAAUAAAAAAUGUAAGAGAUGCACCGACGCCAAAAGCAGAUCGUCCAGAAACAUUGAUAGAUUUUGGGGUUACAGUUAGAAACCUGGUACAACACUUGGUAGUAUCUGGACAUCAUGCACAUCUAUCCUGCCCUAUGCUGCUUCAAGAAUUUGUGCUCAAGCUCCCCUCCUGCUUCCAAUAUGAAUGGGGUCAACUACUUGUAUUAAACCCUAUGGCAGACCUAUCCACUUUCAGCAAUUUCAUGUCGAACAUUAUCCAGUCAGCCAGCAAAGUUGUAAUAUACACUGGAAGUCAUGCCAAUCGUCCUGAAAAGAACAGAAGUCGUGAUAGCAAUUACCUUCACACUCACAUCGAAACCAGCGUAAACCAGAUGGAAAUAUCCUGUUUCUUUUGCCAAGAAAGCGGACACCGGGUAAGAGAAUGCAAGAAGUUUAAAGACAGUACAGUCGAGAACCGCUGGAGAUGUGUAAAAGAAUCUAAGUUGUGUAGAACGUGCCUGGGUCUACAUGGUAGAAGACCUUGUCGACUCACAAACCGUUGCGGCGUAGACGGAUGUACCCGUUGGCAUCACCCUCUUCUACACUCCACUCAAACUGACACCGAAAGUACCGACCAGCAGGCUAAUAUUGAGCACCAUACACAUCAUCACGGCGGUCAGUCGUUAUUAUUUCGUAUCAUUCCGAUAACCAUUCACGGAAGUUCUAAAUCCCUUACUGUGUUCGCCUUUCUAGAUGAAGGGUCUUCGGCCACUUUGAUCGAACAAGAUCUGGCACAAGAACUUGGAAUUGAAGGCCCGGCCGUACCACUCUGCCUCAAAUGGACUGCAGAUGUUACCAGAUCGGAAGAGGAAUCACAAAUGGUGGCUUUGUGUAUUUCUGAAGUCGGCAAAAAUAUUCGUUUCCAUAUAAAAAACGUUCGAACAGUAAAUCGUUUAAAUCUACCAGCUCAAACGCUGCGAUUUACGGAACUAGAAGAAGCAUACGACCAUUUGAAGGGAUUGCCGGUUGUGAGUUAUGAAAACGAGACGCCUAAAGUCUUAAUAGGCCUCCAACAUUGGAAGCUGGCUAUUCCACGAAAGCUUAAAGAAGGAACUACUGGUCCCACAGCUUGCAAGACUCAAUUGGGAUGGUGUGUGUUCGGCGAUGUUAGAGGAUCACGUGUAAGCGAAUGUUUAAAUUACCAUCUGUGCGAAUGCUCAAAAAUGGAAGAACUCGACGAAUUGGUGAGGAAUUAUUUCAAUAGAGAGGACUGUGGUGUUACACCCAAGGAAAAGCUGGAAUCUGUGGAAGAUAACCGAGCUAGAACAAUUCUAGAAAAAUCAACUCAAAAGAUUGAUGGACGAUAUCGAACUGAGCUUUUGUGGCGGUAUGAUAAUUUCGAACUACCUGAUAGCUAUGCUAUGGCUAAGGCAAGAUUGGAGUGCCUAGAGCGGCGGAUGCAACGUAAUCCAGACCUUAGAACCAACAUUCAUCGGCAGAUAGAAGAAUAUCAACAGAAGGGAUACGCACAUCGCGCCACUCAGAGAGAACUUGAUAUGGCAAAUAGAAAAAGGGUUUGGUACUUGCCCCUCGGUGCAGUUACGAACCCGAAAAAGAAAGGGAAAGUUAGGCUUAUCUGGGACGCAGCUGCAAAAGUUGACGGUGUGUCACUCAAUUCGCUCCUACUAGCUGGUCCAGACUUACUUACGCCACUGUCGUCGGUUCUUUUUCGUUUCCGUCAGUUUCCGGUAGCUGUCAGCGGGGACUUAAAAGAGAUGUUCCACCAGAUUGAGGUGGCGGAAAAGGAUCGUCAUUCCCAACGGUUCCUUUGGAGAAAUAAUCCCGAUAAAGAACCUGAAAUAUUCCUGAUGGACGUAGUAACAUUCGGAGCAAAGAGCUCACCCACGACCGCUCAAUAUAUCAAAAACCGCAAUGCCAUGGACUUCCAGGAACAGUAUCCCAGGGCUGUAGAAGGGAUCUGUCAGGCCACGUAUGUUGACGAUUAUCUCGACAGUUUCGAGACUAGUGAGCAAGGACAGAAGGUUGCCGCAGAAGUGAAAAUGAUACAUAGCCAAGGAGGGUUUGAGAUUCGUAAUUGGGCCUCAAACGACAAGGCAAUUCUUAACACGUUGGGAGAAUCCGAAAAUAGUAACGCUAAGGACCUCGCUUCCUCGGAACACGGGACAGAACGAGUUUUAGGUCUGCUGUGGGAACCGGCAGGUGAUUUUCUGAGCUUCUCUACCCACUUUCAAAAAGAUAUCGCUACCUUGAUUGCCAAGCAUUCCAAACCCACCAAGAGACAAGUCUUAAAAUGCUUGAUGAGCCUCUUCGACCCUCUUGGCCUUCUUUCAUCAUACUUAGUUCACGGAAAGGUCCUAAUGCAGGACAUAUGGAGAACGGGUAUAAAAUGGGAUGAAUAUGUGAGCGAUAAAAUUUUCAAACGAUGGACUGUAUGGAUAGAAUCCCUGAACAAGCUGGGCGCUAUAAAAAUCCCUCGAUGCUAUUUUCCAGAUGCAAGCGAAGAUCUUUAUAAAACCUUAGAGGCUCACGUAUUCGUCGAUGCGAGUGAGGUUGUCUACUCUGCAGUUCUAUAUUUCCGCGUCAGAAACCCUGAUGAAACCUUUACAUGUACACUUGUUGCUGCUAAAACUAAGGUGACGCCUCUGAAAUAUGUGUCAAUCCCAAGAGCUGAAUUGAAUGCCGCCGUGCUUGGAACGAGACUUAUGAAUUUCGUCGUCGAGGGCCACGCGAUUCCAAUCCAAAAUCGAUUCUAUUGGACCGAUUCAAACACCGUGUUGGCUUGGAUCAAUUCCGACCAUAGGAAAUAUCGUUCUUACGUCGCCUGCCGGGUUGGAGAAAUACUAAGAGUAAGUACGGAAAGAGAAUGGAACUGGGUGCCUAGCAAAUUUAAUAUAGCUGACGAAGCAACUAAAUGGGGCAGCGGCCCGAAUUUUGAUACAAACAGUCCAUGGUUUCGGGGUCCAAAUUUUCUCUAUUCUACCAAAGAUCAGUGGAUGUCAUCCAACACCUCUCCAAAGUACACUACCGAAGAAGAGUUAAAACACUGCAAUUUACACAGCGCAAUAAUAACUCCACAACCGUUGAUAAAUUUUGAUAAUUUCUCUAAAUGGAACAUACUACUUCGUUCAACUGCACACGUCUUUAGAUUCGUGGCUAUGAAAUUGGGAAAGCUCGCCCCGGGGACACCUGUCAGCCAAGAAGAACUCUCCAAAGCCGAGACUCUUCUUUGGAAGCUAGCACAAGCAGAAAAAUAUCAAGAAGAGAUCGUCCUGCUCACGAACAGUAAAAAGAAAGAGGGCCCAUCCGACAAGAGAAAGCCUAUACAAAUAGCGAAAUCUAGUCCCCUAUAUAAAAUCACGCCGCUGUUGGAUGAUUUUGGUGUGUUAAGAGUUGAUGGACGCAUCGGCGCAGCACCUGCUAUUUCCGAUAACUUUAAAUUUCCUGUGAUCCUUCCAAGAAAUCACCGCUUAACAUACCUUAUCAUUGACCAUUAUCACCGCAAAUUUCUUCAUGGCAAUUCGGAGACUGUAGUUAAUGAAUUACGCCAACGAUUCGAGAUUGCACGACUCCGAGUGGAAGUGCGGAAAGUAGCGAAUAACUGCCAAUGGUGUAAAAUUUUUAGAUCGAAGCCAACUAUUCCAAGAAUGGCACCGUUGCCAAGAGCACGACUGGCUGCUGAAGUACGACCGUUUACGUUUGUGGGUGUCGACUAUUUCGGCCCAAUAAUAGUAAAGAGAGGACGCGCAAAUGUGAAGAGAUGGAUAUGCUUAUUUACCUGCCUAACCAUAAGAGCAGUUCACGUGGAGAUAGCCUACGAUCUGACAACUCAUUCUUGUAUAACAUGCUUCAGACGCUUUAUCGGACGACGCGGACCCCCGUUGGAAAUCUAUUCCGAUAAUGGUCGCAACUUUUACGGUGCAUCUCGUGUCCUACAAAGCCAAAUCGAAAACAUAAAUAGAACAGUAGCCGAAAUAUUCACAGAUGCUGAAACAAAAUGGAUUUUCAUACCACCGUCCGCCCCCCAUAUGGGAGGAGCGUGGGAGCGUUUAGUUCGCUCAAUCAAACAAGCCAUGCUCGGCCUGCCACAGGAUACCAAACUUGAUGAUGAAGGGCUUCACACACUUUCGGUCGAAGCGGAAUAUAUGGUAAAUUCACGUCCGUUAACUUAUCUGCCACUGCACUCGGAAGAAGCCGAAGCUAUAACUCCAAAUCAUUUUUUGUUGCGGAACUCAACCGGCAGGAAAAUUCAAAUGAAUCGUUGCCCUGAACCCCGAAUUGUUCGCGAUGCCUGGGAUGCGGACCAACUUCAAGUUAAACAUCUCUGGAAAAGAUGGGUAAGGGAAUACAUGCCAACCUUAACUCGACGCACCAAGUGGUUUGGUGAUGUGGAACCUGUAAAGCAGAAUGAUAUAGUGGUCGUUAUUGAUGAAAAUCGGAAACAUGGAUGGAUUCGUGGGAAAGUCCUGGACGUGUCAGCAGGAAAAGAUGGCAGAAUUCGUGAGGCGGUUGUCCAAACGGCUGGAGGUAUUCUUAGAAGACCCGUAGCAAAGAUAGCCGUGCUAGACGUUGACGCUUCUGGUAAGGUUCCUUACGGGGAGGGGGAUGUCGGCGCUGCUGGCACCCCGGCUGCAGAAGACGACACAAAGCGGAAUGUCAAGAGAGACGAGUCAGCAUUCUAG